AUGCGAUACACUACGACUGCCCUGGUGCUGUGCAGCGUGUUUGCUGAGGAGGAUGAGAAGAAGGAAAACGUGGGGACCGUGGUGGGAAUCGAUCUGGGAACGACCUACUCCUGCGUUGGUGUGUUCAAGAACGGCCGCGUGGAGAUCAUCGCUAAUGACCAGGGCAACCGCAUCACCCCUUCGUACGUGGCCUUCACCAGAGAAGGGGAGCGUCUGAUUGGCGACGGCGCCAAGAACCAGCUGACCUCCAACCCCGAGAACACCGUAUUCGACGCCAAGAGGCUGAUUGGCCGCGCCUGGUCCGACUCCUCUGUGCAGCAGGACAUCAAGUACCUGCCCUUCAAGGUGGUUGAGAAGAACAGCAAGCCCCACAUUCAGGUGGACAUUGGCAAUGGCCAGAUGAAGACCUUUACUCCGGAAGAAAUCUCUGCCAUGGUUCUCGCCAAGAUGAAGGAAACGGCGGAGGCUUACUUGGGGAAGAAUGUCACCCACGCUGUGGUCACUGUCCCUGCCUACUUCAACGACGCCCAGCGCCAGGCCACCAAGGAUGCCGGAACGAUCGCUGGACUGACGGUGAUGAGGAUCAUCAACGAGCCAACUGCUGCUGCCAUCGCCUACGGCCUGGACAAGAAGGGUGGAGAGAAGAACAUCCUGGUGUUCGACCUGGGCGGCGGCACCUUCGACGUGUCCCUGCUGACCAUCGACAGCGGCGUCUUCGAGGUGGUGGCCACCAGCGGGGACACGCACCUGGGCGGCGAGGACUUCGACCAGCGCGUUAUGGAGCACUUCAUCAAGCUGUACCGGAAGAAGACGGGCAAGGACGUGCGCAAGGACAACCGCGCCGUGCAGAAGCUGCGUCGUGAGGUGGAGAAGGCCAAGCGCACCCUGUCCACCCAGCACCAGGUCCGCAUCGAGAUCGAGUCCUUCUUCGAGGGCCAGGACCUCUCUGAGACGUUCACCCGCGCCAAGUUCGAGGAGCUCAACAUGGACCUCUUCCGCUCCACCCUGAAGCCCGUGCAGAAAGUCCUGGAGGAUGCUGGCAUGAAGAAGUCAGACAUUGACGAAAUCGUGCUGGUGGGCGGCUCCACCCGCAUCCCCAAGAUCCAGCAGCUGGUGAAGGAGUUCUUCAACGGGAAGGAGCCAUCCCGGGGCAUCAACCCCGACGAGGCCGUGGGCUACGGUGCUGCCGUGCAGGCCGGGGUGCUGUCUGGAGAGGGAACAGAUCCCAUACUUCUGCUGGAUGUGUGUCCCCUGACCCUGGGCAUUGAGACGGUGGGAGGUGUCAUGACCAAGCUGAUCCCCAGGAAUACCGUGGUGCCCUCAAAGAAGUCCCAGAUCUUCUCCACUGCCUCCGACAACCAGCCCACCGUCACCAUAAAAGUUUAUGAAGGUGAACGUCCCAUGACCAAAGACAACCACCUGCUAGGCACCUUCGACCUGACGGGGAUCCCCCCGGCGCCCCGCGGUAUCCCUCAGAUCGAGGUGACCUUCGAGAUCAACGUGGACAGCAUCCUGCAGGUGUCGGCCGAGGACAAGGGCACCGGCAACAAGAACAAGAUCACCAUCACCAACGACCAGAACCGGCUGACGCCCGAGGACAUCGAGCGCAUGGUGAACGACGCCGAGCGCUUCGCUGAUGAGGACCGCAAGCUGAAGGAGCGCAUCGACGCCCGCAACGAGCUGGAGAGCUACGCCUACUCGCUCAAGAACCAGGUGGGCGACGAGGAGAAGCUGGGGGGCAAGCUGUCGUCUGAGGACAAGGAGGCCAUCGAGAAGGCGGUGGGGGAGAAGAUCGAGUGGCUGGAGUCACAUCAGGACGCCAGCCUGGAGGAGUUCCAGGCCCAGAAGAAGGAGCUGGAGGAGGUGGUGCAGCCAAUCAUCAGCAAGCUUUACAGCAACCCGGGCGGACCGCCGCCCGAGGGCGAGGACCAUGACCACCAGGAAGAGAGGGACGAGCUGUAG